AUGGCCACUAAAACCGUCACCAAUGACGCCCAGAUGCAGUUGAACGCAGAAACGGCACAAAAGCCUUCUGCGCCGCAGAAGAAGUCGCUGUAUCAGCGAUAUAAAGAUUCUAAGAGGGGCGAAAUCUCAGAGGAAGAUCUCGUCAAAUACACGGGCCUUACCAAGGCUGGAUUGAAGGAGUGGGCCAAGGACCGUCCCGGUGUGGGCGGGAAUCAGGCAGCUGGGAAGAUAGACGUUGGAAACACGACUGGACUUGGUGGAAUGAUGGCGGCAUCGGGGUAUGGGGGCUGGGGACCGGAUUCAAAUGCCCCAAAUAAAUUUCCGCCCAACAAAACAAACAAGAAUUAA